AGACGAAGUAUAGCGGGCACAUUGAUCGUAUCAACAAUCCCCAAAGCCGACACCAACUCCUGAGUAGCUCCAUGAAAUGUCAUCUUCUUCAUCGGCACCCAAUUCUUCUCUCUUCUCCGUAGCCACGCACGGUACCCUCCUUCUCCGAUGCCGUACGAUCUCCGGAUUCUCUUUUGGCCCCAAUGCGACCGAGGAUCACAACAGUUGGGCCUUUUCCGAAGCUUCUCUUCGGAGCAACCAAAGAGAGAAGAAAGUAGGGUUAUCUACAUUUGUGGUUGGGGGCAUUGGGAUUUCGAUGGCUGUUCUACUUGCAGCAAUUGCCUACUUCUCGCUAUCAACGAAAGGUUUUAGGCUUCGUUUUGGUAGCCCAUUGAAUAGUUUGUAUCAAGUAUUAAGUACAGACAAAGACAAAUCUAGCCAGAUAGAAACAAAUGAUUCUUGUGCGUCCGAUGCAUACACAUCGGUGCCUCAGGCAAGGCCCGAGCCCAUACAUGAAUUUACUGGAGAAACUGCUGCAUCUUCAGUGUUCACGGAGAAGCUUGAACGUGUUGGAUUGUCAGUUGCUGUGGAUUCCACCCAACAGGAGGCUCUGUCCUUGUUGAAGAAAUUGAAGAUCAUUGAGGAUGAUGUAAGAGCUGAUGAAUUAUGUACUAGAAGGGAAUAUGCAAGAUGGCUAGUACGUAUAAACUCCCUGUUGGAAAGGAAUCCAAAACAUAAAAUUGUCCCAUCUGUAUUACUCUCUGGGUCCGUAACUACUGCAUUUGAUGAUAUGGGUAUCGAUGACCCUGAUUUUGAAUCUAUCCAGGCUUUAGCAGAGGCUGGUGUCAUUCCUAGUAAGUUAUCAAAGAAUGGUUCUGGUUUCGACAGUUCAGAAGGGCAAGGGUGCUCCUGUUUUUACCCUGGAAGGUAUAUCUCUCGACAGGAUCUGAUUAGCUGGAAAGCCCAAUUGGAGUAUGAAUUUGUGUCAGGAUUGAAGGAACAGAUAUCAAGAACAAAAGUGUGUUACAUGGAUAUGAAGGAGAUUAGACUGGAUGCAAUGUCAGGGCUUUUUAUGGACAUGUUGGCUGAGGAUAUGAGCAUAAUCAGAAAAGUUUUUGGAAAGAGCAGGUGGUUUCAACCAUUCAGACCUUCGACAAAAGCACAAGCAGCUGUAGCAUUGACAAGUGGGAGGAUGUCAGACGCUGCUCAUGCAGAAUUAUUAAGACUAGAAGCAGAGCUGUAUUCAAGGCAAGCUGAGAUGGAAGAGAUCAGGACUGAGUUACUUGACAGAGGAGAUGUAGAGGCUUUUUGGGACGAGAAGCUACAAGAGGUAAAAAUCCAUGGUUCUGAGGUUGAGAAGAUUUAUCUUGCUGCUGUUCAUGAUUUGGAGCAGGAGAAAAUUGUCCAAGAUAAGAUUUUUGCUGAGUACUUAAAGGAGAAUGCAGCCAUGGACUGUCAGAGGUAGCUGCUUCUCCGUCUGAAAGAGGAGGUUGAUGAGAUGUCAAAAAGGCUUUCCUUGGAGAGGGCCAUCUAUGUGUUGGAGAAGUGUCAUUUACUAGAGAUGCUCACUGAAUUGCAGACCAAGCAGGAAGGACUGCUUGAUGCAAAAUCUAUAUUGGAAGCUGAGAAUGAAGCACUUCAGAUUCUAAGAUCUUGGGUGGAGGAUGAAGCAAGGAAAAGCCAAGCCUGUGCUAAGAUUCUUGAGGAGGUUAGACGUAGAUGGGAGUGGGAUGAUCAAUCUUGAAUAUUUGAUCCCGACGACAGAGCUAAUCCGGUGAUUGCUUCGGAAAGAUUUAGUGUGGGCUGUAUAAGAUAUUUUAUUUAUUUAGUUUUGCCAUACGAUAAAUUUCAACUCCGAAUGCUUGUUGAUAUCGGGAUGGUGAUUUUUAGGCUUGUGGUAAAUUUGUGUUUGCAUGUUUUCUCAUAUGUAAAUAAACCAAGCAGCUGCAGAGCUGUUGUAUGUGCA